AUGACCGGCAUCCAGAUCCCGCUCGACAUGUUGACGUCGCGCUUCAACCUGUCGGGCCGCCUCGCGGGCCUCAACCAGGCCGGCGUCAUGAGCCGCUUCUCCAACCUGCGACCGAUCGGCGAGUUCUGCGACUUCAAGCGGCUGUCCAAGCCCGAGAACUUCCACGAGGUGCAGUCGCGCGUCAACUACAACCUCAGCUACUACUCGAGCAACUACUCAGUCAUGUUCGUCAUGCUCUGCAUCUACACGCUCCUGACCAACUGGUUCCUGCUCUUCGACAUCAUCUUCGUCACGGUCGGCCUGUUCAUCAUCGGCAAGCUCGACGGCCGCGACCUCGAGAUCGGCACGUUCCGCGCAUCCCCCUCGCAAUGCUACACCGGACUCCUCGUCAUCGCCAUCCCAAUCGGCCUGCUGUCGUCGCCCUUCAGCACCAUUGCGUGGCUCAUCGGCGCCUCGGGCGUCACCAUCCUGGGCCACGCGGCCCUGAUGGACAAGCCGAUCGAUGAGGCUUUUUCCGGGGAGGCGGUCUAG